GCAUGUGUUCCAAGAGCACAUUCACUGUGAUUCAGCAGCUGAAGGCAGAAUAUUGUUAAGUGAUCAAUAUUCAUAUGUUGGCCAUUCAUCCAUCCAUCCAUCCAUCCAUCCAUCCAUCCAUCCAUCCAUCCAUCCAUCCAUCCAUCCGUCCCUCCAGUGUCUCUAAAGUGAUAUCAGUAAAACUUAAGGGAGCAGCAAGAAGUACUUGUUUCUUUGUAUUUUGCUGAGCUGUAUCUCUAUUAUCUUUGUUGGUAAUCGAACCAAGCACAAGAAUCUUCAGAGUAGUACAGCCUCCAUCAUAAAAGAGAUUGAAUAAUGCUUGUUGCCAUUCCUGAAUUUUAAAACCUUUCUAUUAGUCCGAUCAAAAUGCAGCAUCUGUAUCACAAGUUAUUAGGAUUCACCUCCUUUUUUUUCAAGCUAUAAACGUGGAAAACUGUCAGAAAUGAAACUAAUGUUCUACAAAGGAGUUCAAGAAAAACAUGCCGUCAGAUUUUCUUCAGAAGCUUAUGGACAAAAGAGCUUGAACUUUAAGUGUGGACGACUGUGCAAGUGUGAGAGCAUCAUGGUAGCGUUCAAAGGAGUGUGGACUCAGCCCUUCUGGAAAGCUGUUUCAGCAGAAUUUUUGGCCAUGCUGAUUUUUGUCCUCCUCAGCCUCGGCUCUACAAUCAACUGGGGUGGAUCAGAGAAGCCACUGCCCGUAGACAUGGUCCUUAUCUCUCUCUGCUUUGGACUCAGCAUUGCAACCAUGGUGCAGUGCUUUGGACACAUCAGCGGUGGCCACAUCAACCCUGCUGUGACCGUGGCGAUGGUCUGCACGAGGAAGAUCAGCCUCGCCAAGUCGGUCUUCUACAUUCUUGCCCAGUGCCUGGGAGCCAUCGUGGGAGCUGGCAUCCUCUACCUCAUCACACCACCGAGUGUGGUGGGAGGCCUGGGAGUCACUGCGGUACAUGGGGAUCUUUCCGCUGGCCAUGGACUCCUGGUGGAAUUGAUAAUUACAUUCCAGCUGGUUUUUACUAUUUUUGCCAGCUGUGAUUCGAAACGAAGUGACGUCACUGGUUCAGUAGCUUUAGCAAUUGGAUUUUCUGUUGCGAUUGGACAUUUAUUUGCUAUCAAUUACACUGGUGCCAGUAUGAACCCCGCUCGCUCAUUUGGACCUGCUGUCAUCAUGGGAAAAUGGGAAAACCAAUGGGUUUAUUGGGUGGGACCAAUAAUAGGAGCAGUCCUUGCUGGUGCUCUUUAUGAGUAUGUCUAUUGCCCAGACGUGGAGCUCAAGCGCCGUUUUAAAGACGUCUUCAGUAAAGCUACCCAGCCAUCCAAAGGGAAAUACAUAGAAGUGGAUGACACCAGGAGCCAUGUAGAGACCGACGACCUGAUCCUGAAGCCUGGCAUUGUCCAUGUGAUUGAUAUCGACAGGAGUGAGGACAAGAAGGGAAGAGAUCCAUCAAGCGAGGUGCUGUCUUCUGUAUGACUAGCAAGGAGCACUGAAAGCAGAGAGCAGCCUGCCAGCGAGUCCACAGAUAACCCUCCACCUAUUAAAGAAACAGAUCUCCUCUAAACUGAGCAUCUACCAUUUCUUAAAAGAUAUGGUGAAGGCAGCUGUGUGGUAGUGGCAUCACCAAACCAUACAUCUGCUCAGCUGGAAUAUUAGAACUUCAUUAUAAUUAGGAUUCCCCAUGAAUUAUUCCAAAUAAGGAGUUGUUCCUACUAUUUUCCUUCCUUUCUUUCUGGAACAACCCCAAAGUCAAAAAGAGAUGAAAGCAUUCUUCUUUAAUAAAUCAGUCAAUAAUGAGAUGAAGAUGGAGAUGUUUCACAUUCAGAUUGACAGAUAAGACGUAUCAGGAAAUGCCUAUAGACAUGAAGACCUACUUAUCAGAUUGUUCUUCUGACACUUAAUUGACUGUUGUCAGCUUUGAUUAGAACAUCUUAUCCAUUAAGCAUUCUCUGUGAGGUUCAGGGACACCACCAACAGUAUUUAAGAGUUUUAUCCAAAGUCAAGCGAAGGAGUAUUGUUUCCACUCAUGUAUGUCACUACUGCUUUGCAAACUACCUCUGAAAUAAAUGAUAUUUUAAUAGGCUCCAGAAAAAAUUCGAUCAACCCAUCAAAUUUCACUCACAUGAUUUUCUGUAUAAAUGUAUUACCUUCAUCUCUUCCCAGGAGUAAAUAUGCUGAAAUUGAAUGAUGAAGUCUACUGUAAUAAGGCUGCAAAGCAUUUAACUGUACUUCAUACUCACUUCUGACAUUGUCUAUCUGGUGAAACAUUCUCCUGGGGUUUGACUAUUGACCAUUUCAUGCUAGCAGACUCUCAAGGUCAUGCAAAGAAUAUAAAGGCUUUCCUGUUACUUAAUAACUCAAAUAAGACCUAUCAGAAGAAAAGAAGGCAUAUCUGUUUUCAGUGCACUUGUUCAAAUACAGAUUUCUGUAUGAGUUUAUGUAAACUAAGUGUUUAAAUUACUUACCUACUUUCUUACAAGAUGGUCAGAGAAAUGGGAUUUUUAAUUUAUUAGCAAUGUAGAGAGUUUUAAAUUUUAACUGUAUUGAAACACUGAUUGAGAAAUAUUUUUUAUAACAGAGGAUAAAAACAUGAGUGCUUCUGCCUUUUUGUUGUAACUGACGCCUAACUAGUUGAACAGGAUCCUCUCUUGUUCCACAGCUCAUCUAGUCUUAAUUACAUCUCCAGCAAAGGCCACUUUAUUUGUUGUUCGGAAAAGAUGCAAGCACUUGCAGGGGUUUUGGGGGGAAGAGGAUAUGAAAUCAGUAAUCAGGCUUUCCCCCACAGAAGUAUUUUGAUAGACAUAAUCACCCCACCGGAACAUUUCUAUAAAGCUGUUAAUGACUUACUGCUUUUGCUUCUGAUCAGUGGCUUUGAGUUUUACAACAUGCAGCUGCCAAGCAGUCAGGAGCAUUAUAUUAUUACUGUAAUUGUAUAGUUUUUAUUUUGAAAUUGAAAAGCUAUUCCUGCCUACUUAAGAAUAAGACGAAAAAAAGCAUUAGUCCUGGCUGUGGACUGUAAUAGACUUGUCUCCUCUUUGUCGUGCUCUACAUGCAAUCUUUAUUACAGGGAAUUAGAUGAUUCUAGUGAGAUAAUAAACCACUGCUAGACUCAAAUCUGUGCACUAUGAUCCAAGGGCAAUUCUGCUGUUCCAACUCACAGCACUGUAUAGCUCCAGCCUGUCCUGCUAUAUUCAUUCUUUUACUUUCACACUUUUCUUGCCUUAAAAACCCUGUUAGAAAGUGGCAAAGCUCCCUGCGUUGAGUAGCUAGAGUUGUGAUUCCUCCACCAUUUGCAGUUGGGCCCUGCUCCUGUCUCUGCACAGCACAUGGCACAUAUGGGCACAGGUCAGGGCUUCCUGGGGUGACCCAGUGACAGCCGUGCUCCUGGCCAGAUGCACUCCCCAUCAUGUACCUGCAGAGUAUGGCAAAACAGAUGAUGGUUGUCCCUAGCUGUACCCCUCAGGACAGCAUCGUGGUUCAAGGGCAGGAGCAUGGCUAAGGACCUGCUGGUAUUUGACCUGCUGUGUCAAAUCAGAGAUAAGAGCCAAUCGAGAGCCAAGGAUCACAGAUAAGAGCUAAGCCACAGCAAGAGCUGAGUCUCCUGGGGAUGGGAAACAUAGGUGUGGUGGUUAGACUCCUCUAUGCCUUUUCUUGAAUGGGUAAGUAUCAUUCUAAAUAGAUUCAAUCAGGAAGACUAAAACUUGUGCUUUUUUUUUUUUUCUGUCUAGACAUUUGUUCUGGCUUUUUUUUUUUUCUUCAAACACUGUAUUUGUUAAAGGGACAUUCUGAUUAAACCUUUUUCAUGGCUUAAGCAGGUAAAGUGAAGAGUGUUAUAUACAUAGCACUGGUGGAUUGUUAAAAUUUUUGCAUUUUUAUAUUUAAAGACACUCCUUAGAAGCUUGUAAAAUGUGGAUUUUGCAUGGUGCUGUAUUAUUUAAAUAAGAAGCUGUGAUUUGUUUCAUGCUUAAGGAUCCUUUACACAAAUGUGUGCUGCUUGUUUUCUUCACACAGCCUGAUUCCGCUGCCAAGGUGAGCAUAACAUGAGCAUGGCACUGGCCAACUCAAUUAGGAGAAUUUUUUUCCUUGAAAAAGUUUAUUAGUGAAGUGUGGCAAACACUCAGAACCAGACCUAGGAGAACUCCUCACUCAACAGGAGUAUUGGAAAUAAGAUGCUGAGGCUCCUGAAAAGAUCAAGUGAAAGAAGAGAAGCUGAAGUAAAUAGACCAUUAGCCAAUAAAGGAUGGUGACAUGCAUUGGCCAUUAUUAGGAAAGCAAGAACUGGUAGGUUUGCUCCUGCUCCCGUGGAAUCAGACUCAUUGAGGUUUGUUAUUAGCUGCAAUGGAAUGAUGCUGAGCUUUUUGGGGAGCUGAUGGCUCCUCUCAUGCACUUCACUGUAGUUUUUCCAAAAUAAGCACUUUUAAGCAAGAUAGUAAAUUCUGGAAGGAGAGACGUUCCACUUGAGGUUUAUGACUCACCCUGAAGCAAAUCCUUAGGUGUCACUGCCACCAAAGCCCAUUGUACCCCACAACCGGAAAUCAUCAUUCAUGUAAAGUAACAUCACACUUCAGCACCCCUUAGGACUUAGCUGUAACCUGCAGGGGUAUGUGCUUCUCGAAGUUAUUUUGCAGUGGCAUCAUCAUCAUAAAAUUAUUUAACAUUUUGUUAAAUCAUAGACUGGCAUCACCUUCUUAUGGGUUGAAAACACUUCGCGUAUGUACUGGUUUAUGUUGGUGGAUAUAUAUCACAGUAAGCUUGACAGGCAUUUCAUUGUUAUUCUGGAGUCCUAAAAAAAAUGUGGAUGAGUCUCAUACCCCUCCAUGAUGUCACAGGUGCUUCCAACACAGCAUUUGCACAUUAACAAGCAUAUUCAGAAUAUUUAAUUCCUGGACUUCAGAAGAGAAAGGAUGAAAGCUGAAGGUGGUUAUGGUGAGGCACACAGAUACCUUUCAGGUUGCCUAAAUCCUGAGGAUUUCAUCAGCCAAAUCCUAACUAUUCUCAUGGAAAAAAAAAAAAAAGAAAAAGAAAGAGGGAAAGA